CGCAUAUAUGCACUACGUUACCUAACUGCUUUGACAGAAACAUGUUUGUGUGGCUUGUGUAUGUAUAAACUCAAGAUUGUUUAAACCAUUUUCAUUAUUUAUUUUAUCUAGUAUAAAUAAACACUUUGCUUAAACGCUCACUGCGUAUUUACGAUUCAGAAGCUAGCCUAAUCAGUGAAAUGGGAAAAAUUGCGAUAUUUGGUGGAACUGGAAUGACUGGCGAAUGUGCCGUCGAUCAUGCCUUGAAAAUAGGAAAAAAUGUUCGAUUGCUCUACCGGACCGAAGAGACCGUUCAACGAUUUAAAGACAAAGUGGAGCUAGUGAAAGGUGACGUCACCAAUUUGGCCGAUGUCGAGAAGACUCUUGAAGGAACCGAUGCAGUAUGUGUAGUUCUAGGAACUCGUAAUAGCCUAGAGCCGACCACUGUUUUGUCGACAGGCAUGCAGAAUAUAAUUGAUGGAAUGAAGACGCACCAAUUGACAAAGGUGUCGGUUUGUCUAUCGUCGUUUCUAUUUUGGGAACCGGAGAAAGUACCCAAGCAAUUCGAGCAUUUGAAUGCAGAACAUAAGAAGAUGAUGGACUUGCUGAAACCAUCCGGUUUGGAUUUCAUUGCCGUUCAUCCUCCACACAUUGCCAAUGAACCUUCCGGUGAAUUCAAAAUUGCAUAUGGUGAAUCUCCCGGUGGUCGUGUCAUAUCGAAGUAUGAUUUGGGUAAAUUUCUAAUUGAUUCACUGGACCAAAGUGAGCAUUAUGGAAAGAUCGUUGGCAUUUGUAAAGUGUAAAUGUUGAUGGCCGCAGAAAAUUUGUCAGUUUUUGCGAGUUAAUAAAUUUAAGAAUUUGUAGUUUGACU